GAUACGAUCGUGUUUCCCAGAAAAAUUACGCUGAUUAUUGCUCGCAUAUUAGUGCGAAAGUAAAUCUGUAUGUCUGGCCUUUCACGGCCAAGCCACCGAAUUUGAUUGAAUUUUGAUAUAAAGCAAGCUUAAAUUUCAAGCUUCAGCUUCAAAUUUUUAGUGAGAUUGAUUGAUUCAAACUUCAAUGGUAAAUGUUUAUAUAGUUAAAUUACAAAACAGUUCAGCACCCUUUUCUACUAUACUUGUUAUUCGAUUUUUUCCUUUGUUCAGUAGCUUAUUUGAUUAAAAAAUUAAAAUAAGAAUGGAAAAAUAAAAACUUCAGAUUUCGACCCCUGACGAACACUUGUACUAUAUUGUAAUAAAUUAAUAAAAAGUGAAUUUUAACCGGUUCCCCUCAAUGGGAUCUACAUACCGUACCGGGAUUGCUUCACGAUUAAUUAAAUUUCGUGAAAUACAAUGUUCACUGUAUGCGAUGCCUGUAUGUGAUAUGAUAGGAUGUGAAGUAAUUAGUGACAAUGACCAUUUCUAAAUGCAUUCCCUGUCCACCACGCUGCCGGAUGUGUAACUUGUGCGCGCAGUCGUGCGCGGGCAGCUCCAGCUCGCCGAGCGCGUCGGGCGCGCGCGCGCACGCGUCCGCCGUGCUGUCGUCGUCGCAAGUCUGCAUCGACCAGAUGACCCUCACCGACGUGGACGUACGGCCCCUUCUCCGCUCCCUUUUAUACACGUCGACCUCACGUGCCGUCUCGGUGCCUUUCUUACAUACGGCCCGGCUAGAUAUCGUAGAUUUCGGUGUAGAGUCCUUCGCGGCCCGGACCCCGUAUCGAUGUAUGUGCCCCGAUCUAAUUACAGGGGUGUGUUAAUGUUGUGUUGUGU